GUUCUCCUCGCGGGGCCCUCUCGUCGUGGGUAGGAAGGCAAACGGGGCCGCUCGUUCUCCAUUCCCUCUUCGCUCUGCGUUGGGGCUCCUCCUCCUCCUUUCAGCGUAUAGUCUAGAAGCAACAUGUCCCGAAGAUAUGAUUCCAGAACGACCAUCUUCUCCCCAGAAGGUCGUCUCUACCAGGUUGAGUAUGCGAUGGAAGCCAUUGGACACGCAGGCACCUGCCUAGGAAUUCUGGCAAACGAUGGAGUUUUGCUGGCAGCGGAGAGGCGAAACAUCCAUAAACUUCUGGAUGAAGUCUUCUUUUCAGAGAAGAUAUACAAGCUCAAUGAGGACAUGGCUUGCAGCGUGGCCGGGAUCACUUCAGAUGCCAAUGUUUUGACAAAUGAACUGAGGCUGAUAGCACAAAGAUAUCUGUUGCAGUACCAGGAACCGAUCCCUUGUGAGCAGUUGGUAACCGCCCUGUGUGAUAUCAAGCAAGCGUACACGCAGUUUGGGGGAAAACGCCCCUUUGGUGUUUCGUUGCUGUACAUUGGCUGGGAUAAACAUUAUGGAUUCCAACUGUAUCAGAGUGACCCCAGCGGCAACUAUGGGGGAUGGAAAGCCACGUGCAUUGGAAACAACAGUGCUGCGGCCGUGUCGAUGUUAAAGCAGGACUACAAAGAGGGAGAAAUGACUUUGAAAUCUGCCCUUGCUUUAGCUGUCAAAGUCCUAAACAAGACCAUGGAUGUUAGUAAGCUGUCUGCAGAGAAAGUUGAAAUUGCAACCUUAACACGAGAGAACGGAAAGACAGUAAUAAGAGUUCUAAAGCAAAAAGAAGUGGAAGUGUUGAUAAAGAAGCAUGAAGAGGAAGAAGCCAAAGCAGAGCGUGAAAAGAAAGAAAAAGAGCAGAAAGAAAAAGAUAAAUAAAUCAAGACCUGGAGGGUGGGAGGGGGUCUGUUUGUACAGAUAAAAAUUUUCACUUAUGUGCACAUGGGAGUGAAGGAGCAAGAAAUCUCGUUUCCUGAGUCAGCUGGUUAUACCAUUGCAACAAAUUAUUCUUGCCCUUCUUACUCGGUUCUUUUCAUCUUUAUUUCUUUUUUAUUGCACAAUAAAAAAAAUUUCAAAAUGA